GGGGGUUGAGCUUUAGACUAAAGUUUUGACAUUUGGGUCUUAACUCAUAACUUAAGCCUUUUCUCACUCACACCCCCCAUCUUAUAAAGUACCCUUCUUUGAAUUUCCAUCCCAUCAAAUUCUUAGAAAUCCUGACAUCUACUCUUUUCCCUAUUCCCCCUUUCUCUCUCUCACUUUGUCUCUGUCUCCUUCCAAUGGAGUUUCUCACUCUGUUUUCUCUAGUUACUGUUCUGUACUUAUGUUUCCUGAUCUGGAAGCUGUUUGAUCAGAGAAGGGACCAGGAGUGUUACAUUCUGGACUACCAACUCUACAAGGGAAGCGAUGAGAGAAAGCUUGGAACAGAUUACUGUGGAAGAAUCAUAGAAAGGAAUAAGAGCUUGGGGUUAAACGAGUACAAGUUCUUGCUCAAAGCCAUUGUUAACUCUGGCAUUGGGGAAGAAACUUACGCCCCAAGAAACUUCCUCGAAGGCCGUGAAUCAAGUCCCACAUUGAAAGAUGGAGUCGAAGAGAUGGAGGAGUUUUUCCAGGACACCAUUGCCAAGCUUCUUGCAAGGUCAGGUGUUUCUUCCUCAGAGAUUGAUGUUCUUGUGGUGAAUGUUUCAAUGUUCUCUGAUGUUCCUUCCUUAACCUCUCGAAUCAUGAACCAUUACAAAAUGAGGGAGGAUGUUAAGGCUUUCAAUCUCUCUGGAAUGGGUUGCAGUGCUAGUCUAAUCUCAUUAGACAUUGUUAAGAAUAUUUUCAAGUCCCACAAGAACAAGUAUGCACUUUUGGUCACUUCUGAGUCUCUGAGUCCCAAUUGGUACAAUGGGAAUGAAAGGUCUAUGAUUCUUGCCAAUUGUUUGUUCAGAACUGGAGGUUGUGUUGUGCUUCUAACAAACAAAAGGGCAUUGAAGCAUAAGGCUAUGUUGAAAUUGAAGUGCUUGGUGAGGACUCAUCAUGGGGCCAGAGAUGAUGCUUUUAAUUGUUGCCGUCAAAUUGAAGAUGAACAGGGCAGGCUUGGGGUUUACCUUGGAAGGAAUCUUCCCAAGGCAGCUACAAGGGCUUUUGUUGAUAAUUUGAGGGUGUUGUCACCCAAGAUUUUACCAGCAAGGGAGUUGCUAAGGUUCUUGUUUGUGUCCCUCAUCAAGAAGAUAACACAAAUUAGUUCCCCCAAGUCUGCGGGAACUGGCAAAUCCAGAGACGGACCCAGAUCCGGAUUGAACUUCAAGUCUGGAGUGGAUCAUUUUUGCCUCCACACAGGAGGGAAAGCUGUGAUUGAUGGCAUUGGGUUGAGCUUGGAUCUGUGUGAGUACGAUCUCGAACCAGCAAGGAUGACACUGCACCGUUUUGGGAACACAUCAGCUAGUAGCCUGUGGUAUGUGCUAGGGUACAUGGAGGCUAAGAAAAGGCUGAAGAAGGGUGAUAGAGUAUUGAUGAUAAGCUUUGGUGCUGGCUUUAAAUGCAAUAGCUGUUUGUGGGAGGUAGUGAAGGAUUUGGAAGGUAGAAAUGUGUGGGAUGAUCGCAUUGAUGGCUACCCACCAGAGUCCUUGGCCAACCCUUUCAUGAAGAAGUUUGGUUGGAUCAACAAUGUUGAGGAUGCAACCAACUUCAAGCUUUUUGAUUUCCUCAAUUAAGGUUAUCAUCUCAUUUUACAGGAAGAAAUAAAAGAAAGAAAAGGGUGACUUUCAAGUUUUAGUUUUUUUAAUUUUUUGUUACUAUAUGUGCUUUUGGUUUUGGAUUACAUUUUUCUGUAAACUAUAUAGUUAUUAAUGUUGAAUCCCUCAAUCAAGGGUUCAUUACCUAAUAAGGAGUGUCAUUUAUAUUAUGAAUGAAACCUGCUCUCAAGUUAUAAGUGCA